AUGUCUCUGCUGCACACACCGCCAGAGACCUUUCAGCACAUCAUUCACGACCUCGUCUCCACAGCUGGCUGUCGCGAAGCUUGCAAGUUACGCAUAACACCUUUUGCAUUUGAAUUCCGCCACGAUAUUCUUGCCAAUCGAUCAAGCCAUGAACUCCAAACCUCUGGAAUUGGUUCCGUUUUGAGCCAUAAUCUGGGCGCUCUGUUGUUCAACAGGUCAAGGAGACACCUGGGCGAAAAUCCGGCUCCACCUGAAAAGAUCGAAGAGAUGGGUCGCUACUUGACCAAAGAGCUCCAAAUGCAUGAAAUUUCGGCACAGAAUUCUUUGAUGACCAUGCGUCAGAAUGUCGUUUCAGCAAUUGGACGGCCGAAAGUAUUUGGACUACUUGGGUAUGGCCUACCUGAACCGGACAACUGCACUGAUCAGCACACCCGUCCGUUUACCGAGGACGAUAUCAUUGCGCUGAAGCAGCCAUUGAGCCUCCCAGAAAAGAUUUGUGCCGCCAUUGCCAUCGAUUCCCACCUGCUUGUGCGCCAGCUCUUGGGUAGAGCAAAUGGUCGUCACCUGGUGCGUGAUCGUGCGCUCGGUAUCGCCAAUGCAGUAACGUUUGCUAUCUCACAAGCUAGUCAAGACAUGCUAAAAGCAUUUCUGGGCUUCCUUGAAUCUUCUGAUGACCGGUCUGGAAAAUACUACAAUCGUUCAAAGCAAACGCCGCUAGAAUUUGUUGUCGGGAUAGAGCGGACAGACGCUGUCGAGGUUCUCCAGGUCUACUAUCGACGGCACUUUGGGUCGUUCGAGAGAACUAUGCAGCAAGCGUUAUUGUUCAGUGCCAUCGAUUCUGGAUCAUCACGAAUGGUACAUCUCCUUCUUGAGCUUCCAGUCAAGCAGAGUGGCCCUUGGGUCACCCAGAAUCAUAUGCGACAAGCUGCACGCAUAGGUUCUCUCGAGGUCAUGAUUGAACUUAUGACUGCCCCUGAUAUGAACAUCAACAAAAGCUACAAGAAUUCAUCGCAGAGAGAAUUUUUUACGUAUAGUCAGAGGCCUCCUGGCAGCCGGUGCUGA